CCUGGAUGAGUGUCAGUAGCUGCAUUUACAAACAAAUAGUGGCUUAAAUGAGGCCCCAAUCAAUGUAAGUUGAUGUUUAACUGUUUGCUGAGCAAGUGCCAAUCUUUUACUGUCAGGAAUUCUGCCAUCCGCAGUCACUUAGUCGCUCCUUUUUUGGACAAGGCAGCAAGUUUUUUUCUUAUUUAAAUUCAAGGCAUAUUUCCAGAUGACCUGGGGUCCUUCGAAAGAGAGGGCGACUAAGUAGAACCAAAGUGUUUGAGACCUACAGACAAUACAGCUAAGAAACUAUAAACAAAAGUUACAUUUUAAGGACAUGGACCUUCCUCUGACACUCCUGUUGAUCUGUCUCUACAGCCAAGGAGUCACUAGUGUUGAGGUGAAAGAAACUGAAUCCAUCCCUUUGGUGCCUCUCAUUCCUUUGAUGCCCAGCCACCCUAUAGAGAAAGUAGAAAAUGAAAGCACAGCACAACCAGGAAAUACCACAGAAGUACCUGUAAUUGCAACAAUUAUAACUAGUAUUUCCAAUGGGACCACAUCAGAGGAAGAACAAGAUGAAGUUUGUCCGUCUGCCAGCCGAAACCCACAGUCCAGGGCGGCCAUUGCUUCAGCCAUUCAGAAAUUGGGCAUGCAGCUGCUGCAGAACCUUGAGUCCACACCAGAGCAGCCAAAUGUCAUCAUAUCUCCUUUCAGCAUAUCAUUAGCACUCUCCCAACUGGCUUUAGGUGCAGUAAAUGAGACAGAGGAGCUGCUGAUGCAUCAUCUCCAUGAAAACACUCUCCCCUGCUACCACGAGUCUCUGCAUAAUGUCUUAGUGCAGCUCCGAAACAAUGACCUGCAAAUUGCCACACGAAUCUUCCUGCGCCAAGGGUUUGAGCCAAAGCCAGACUUUGUCCACGAAUCCCAGCGGUUAUACGACUCAGAACCAGCAGUCUUGGAGAGCCUGCAGCAGAUAAACGACUGGGUAGAGAAUGCAACAAACGGGAAGAUGACCGAUUUCCUGUCUGCUUUACCACCCAAUCUUCUCCUCAUGCUCAUUAAUGCUGUCCACUUCAAAGGAGAAUGGAAAGCUCGAUUUGACCCACGCUUUACUUCUAGAGGUGUGUUCUACCUUGACGACAAGCACAUGGUUGAUGUUGAAGUGAUGGAAGAUGCCAAACAUCCCCUGAGUUUAUUUAGCGAUAACGAGCUGGAGGCUCAGGUAGCGAGCUUCCCAUUCCAGAAAUCUAUGAGCUUGUUGGUGGUCAUGCCUUUGUCCGGUCAGGUGAACGUGUCUUUACUUUCCGCAAAGCUGAAUAUCUCGGACUUGUACCGUCGUCUGCCCAAGGAGAGAGCUGUUCAAGUUAAAGUCCCCAAAUUCAAACUGGAGUAUGGUCAAGAGCUACAGGAUGUUUUUACCAAAUUGGGCCUCGGAGGGAUGUUUUCCAGACCCAACUUGGCUGAGAUAGCUGACGGCCCCCUGCUGGUCUCCAGUGUGAUGCAUAAGUCCACCAUGGAGAUAAAUGAGGAGGGUGCAGAGGCUGCCGCAGCCACCACUGUGGUCAUCUCACGGGCAUCCAACCCUGUUUUCCACCUCAGCCAGCCUUUCUUCUUUGCCCUUAUGGAUGAUAAGACUCAAGUGCCGAUUUUCAUGGGUGUCAUUAACAACCCAAAUCCUGGAGCUCCCAUCUUACAGAGAGGAGAUUUUGGUAGCAAAGAUAAGGUGGGAUUCCCAAUUGAUAAGAAUCAGCUUGGCACAUUCGGAGGCCCACCUAAGUAAGGACUAAUAACUGCGCUGCUGUCCCAGGGAAAACCCAGACCAAGAUCUCUCUGAUUGUACAGAUUAGAUUCACCAUCUCACUUAACUGGAUCAAAAGUGUGUGUGAAAACAUAUGCUUUAUAGGUGUUUUUAUUACACUGUAAAAUAAACACAUUGAAAGGCCCGGUAUCCUGUGAAAAACCAAAUAUGUUUUUUUUUUUUUUUUUUUUUUAAAUUUGAAGAACAGUACAAGG